UUCAGUGUACUCAAGCGCUUCGAAUUUAAUUUUCCAAGUCAAAUGCAUCACGUUUUUCUUUCGUGCUAUCAGAGAAUCGCGUUAUCUGCCAUCAUAGUUUGUAACUCCCUAAUUACUGAGAAAACACGAUUCAACAACCUUGCCUGUCCGUUCAUUCAGUACUGUGAUUUUGAUGGUACUUCUGCUAUGUGAGAUGCUCUGAAGUUUCGCGGCAUAAAAACUUACUUUGGUAGGUAAGUCAGUGCGCAUGAGUCAUUAGUUCGAGCUUAACAUUUUUUUGUUCGGUUCUCCGUUUUUGCCUGGAGCAUAUUAGCAUUGAAGGCGCAGCUGUGGUUUCAGGUUUUUCACCAAGAGACAACGGAGCUCGAAGUAUGUGUUUAUUAAUUUGUUGAGCAUUUCUAAGGAAGCGUCCCCAUUGCUGCAGUUCUGAGGGCAGUCCGUCAGACUCGUAGGAUGGUCCGAAAUUUCUGUGAUGCCAGCCGUGGCUAUCGAGACGGUCAUCAUAAUCAUCGUGGUUGUCAGCUUUGCAGUUUUGGCAGCUGUAGUCUUCGCUCUCUACUGGCUAUGGCGUUUACUGCUAGAAGAUCGCCGUUGCUCUAGAAUCGGGAGCUCAGCUUUCCAACACGAAUGGCAGCGGCAGUCUCUAGGACCUCUGGAGGACGGUCCUCAAAGAGCUCUCCUGGGUUCCCGCGGACGGAACCCUCGCAUUUCUCGUCGCGAGAUGUUCGUGGAUGAGAGAAGUCGCAGAAUGGUUAAAGCAACUCGUUGCGUCCAAUGUCCGCAACCUCAGCCAGUUCCUGUUUCUCCAGUCACAAUAGAAGUGAGGGUAGAGGAGCCUCCGCAACAUGAAGUUGUCGUCUUGGAUGGCACCGAGCCACCUCCUCCUUAUGAAGAAGCGGCAGUUAGAUGAAAUGCAAAAUACUUCAUAUUCAAAAGAAGACUCAUUUCCUGCUGCAAAGCUUCAUGUUGUUGAAUUGUCAAUUAAAGAUAGUGAACUUAAAAACGUAAUCGAUAUUGUUGUUUUUGUGACUGGAAAAGGACAAGUUAUGGCCCAUAAGAAGUAUUAUAUAAAGGACUACAUCAAUAUUUUUUAAUAUGUAUUAAUCUUUAUUGAGCUUAAUAUUUUACUUGUUGUUGGAAAGAAACAUGAAAGACAAUUUGUUGACUUAAGGUAUCUCUUUUCUAUGAAAAGACACUUCAGUAUGAAUUGUACAGAGAACUAUUUUUUGUGUGUGUAUGUAUGUGUCUGCUGAUAAAAAAAAAUGGAACGUCUGUUCCCCGAAUUACUUCCGUAGUUAAAUUAUCAUUAUCGUGAUAAUUUAUGUGAUGUAAUUUGUAUCAUCUAUUGAUAAUAAAAUAAAGUGCAGAUGACUGUUAUAA